CAGCGAGAGACAAAUCAAAGAGUGUUGUUGCACGCCAUCAUGGGCGUAGGUGCGCUGCAAUUGCUCAAGCACCAAAGCCAGUAUUGCUACGCAGAAGCACCAUUAUUUUUUUGGAUGAAGAAGCAGCACUAUUAAAAGUGUGGAGCAUAGACCCAACCACCACUGGUCUCUUGAAGUUGGGGAAGAUCGUAGUUGAGAGAGAAGGACCGACUGGAGACGUAAGGUAACAGAGAAACAGGGAGAAAGGGCCAAUGUUAUGCGAGGGAUCAAAAAUCCAGUAUUCUUAUUUAUCAUAUAUAUAUAUACAGUGUAACUCAGAUGUAUAUACAUGUAUGAGACCCAUUGUCAAUGGGAUACAGCUGUAGACAACUAUAUUACAGCUGUUUAUUCUAAACUUUCUAGGCAAACCUCCUAACAUGGUCCUAUGUAAAAGCGUGUCGUGAAGGGAAACGGAGCUCCCGGCCCCGAGCAUUCAAUUUUCUGCCUUUUUCUUCAUCAUAAAAGCGCCACCGGUGCUUAUCUCUUAUGUCCAGCAGAAGUUGUGUAUCAUAUUUGGAUUGGUUUCGGCCGCUUACUACAUAUAUAGAUAUAAGAUUAGAGAGCUCAUCAGGUUGGACGCACUUUUAGCUAAUCCAGCGAUCAAAGAGUGUUGUUGCACGCCAUCAUGGGCGAAGGUGCCGCUGCAAUUGCUCGACCACCGAAUCCAUUAUUGCUAUGCAGAAGCACCAUUAUUUUUUUGGGUAUGUUCGUUAUUGGUGUGGUAUGUGCUUCGAAGGAUGAAACACCACCACCACCAACAAGUACAGAAACGAGCGGAGCAGUUUCGAGGAUCUGCCUCGCCAACCAGAGUUCAGCACUUCUUCAAUUCAAGCGGAGCCUUCUGGAGAUGCAACCUGAUGUGCUGAGCUCAUGGCAGCACAAUGGAUCCGACUGCUGUCACUGGAAAGGAGUUACUUGCAAUAACCUCACUGGCUUCGUCAUUGCAUUGGAGAUACCUUUUCAUGAUCUUGGCCUUUAUGGAUAUGAUCAAGAUAUCUAUCUUAAAGGUGUCGCCAUUGACUCUUCCCUGUUCAAGCUUCCAUAUUUGCAACGUCUGGAUCUCAGCUACAACCUAUUGAACGGUAUCAUCCCCAAGAGACUCGUGGAACUCACCCACCUGACCCACCUCAAUCUGUCCCAUUGUGAGUUCUCUGGUCAGAUCCCAGUAGAGUUGUCCCAAAUGACACGAUUGGUCUCUCUUGAUCUCUCUUAUAAUCCUCGCCUACUACUCCAGCAUCCUAAUUUCUUACAGCUUUUCAGGGGCUUCGUUCAUUUGGAGCACCUUCGACUGGAUAGAGCUGACGUCUCCAUGAGCUUAAGAGAAGUAAGCAUGACCUUGUCCUCAUCUCAGGAACUGCAAACAAUAAGCUUAUCUGGGUGUAAUAUUUCUGGCACAAUGGACGAAUCACUUCUCCAUUUUCAGUCGCUAUCUUACUUGGAUUUGGGGUCCAACAAACUUGAAAGUAGUAUCCUUGAAGGUUUAUGCUCGCUUGGGAACAUCACUUCGUUAAGGCUUCGUGGAAAUUUCAUGACCGGGGCAAUUCCGCCAUGUCUUUUCAGUCUUCCCUCUUUAAAGGUGCUGGACCUAGGCCGCAACCAUCUCAUCUCCCAAAUCCCCAACCCGAUCCCCUCCUCCCUAACUGAACUGGACCUAAGUGACAACGGACUAACUGGGAGCAUUCCCUCAUCACUCUUCAACCUCUCCUUUCUAGCAACACUAGACCUCAGCCACAAUCUUCUAACAGAGAACUUUCCUUCUUCCCACUUCAAUCUCCCUUUCCUAAAAAAGUUAGUCCUCAGUGGGAAUAGCCUAACUGGGACCAUUCCAUUGUGGCUUUUCAACUUCUCCUCCUUAGAAGAACUAGACCUCAGUAGCAACUAUCUGCUUGGAGUUCCCUCAAUGCUUUUCAAUCCAAUCUCACCGUUGAAAACAGCGGACCUUAGUGAUAAUUCCCUAAGUCGGAGUGUUCCCCCAUGGCUUUUCAACCUCUCCUCCUUAGAUUCACUAGACCUUAGCAACAACUUCCUAACUGGGGUUCCCUCGCUGCUUUUCAACUCAAACUCCUCCUUAACAACACUAGACCUUAGUCACAACAACUUGAUGGGCAGAAUUCCUCCCUUGCUUUUCACCCUUCCUUCCUUAAGGAAACUAAACCUCGGAAGUAAUAAGUUCAGUGAUCUGCUCGCCAACUUUGACAAUAACCUAUACUCCCAGCACUUGGAAUUCCUUCAGCUUGAUCACAAUUUUCUUAGUGGUGAUAUCCCUUCUUUCGUCAAGAGACUUCCUGCCUUGAAAAGCAUUGACCUUUCCUCUAAUUGUUUCAAUGUUACCGUUGAUCUUUCUUUCUUUUUUAGUAUCAAGGGCCUUGCUGCAUUGGACCUUUCCAAUAACACAAGGCUGACAGUUGAUUCAUCCCAUUCCAGCGACGAUGCACAAGGUAGUUCCAAGGAUUCUUCUGGGAUUCAAUCUUUAAAAUUGAACUCUUGUAAUAUUCGGACUUUUCCUAGAUUUGUCUGUAAACUUAACGAUCUUGUGGCUCUAGAGCUUUCCAACAAUAACAUUGAAGGGGAGAUACCAUCUUGCCUGUGGUGGGAACUUAGUAGUUUUGAUGCUCUGGUUCUUGAUCAUAACAAGCUACAUGGUUUUGAAGAGCCAGCCCAUCGGAUUAGCUUAGCUGCAGAUGGCGGCCUUUUGUACAUGUCUGUCUCCAAUAAUCCGAUCGAAGGGGAAAUUCCAACUUUCCUUUGCGAUGUAGCACCAACGUUCUUGGACAUGUCAGAGAAUUCCUUGAUGGGUGAGAUACCGGAUUGCCUUGGUAAACAAGUGACUGUACUGAAUUUGAGAAAGAAUCAACUAGGAGGCCAAAUUCCUGAUGGAUUCGAGUCGGGGCUUCUCGAGUUUGUCGCCUUGAGUGACAACUUACUCACUGGCAAAAUUCCAAGGUCUCUCUUCAAUCGCUCAUCUUUGAGGGUCCUGGAUCUAGGAAACAACAAGUUGAACGACUCUUUUCCUUCUCAGCUAGGCCAACUACCUAAGCUUCAAGUGCUGAUUUUGAGGUCCAACCAUCUACAUGGACCUAUUACAGUUGACGCUUCUCAGCAAGAAUUUCAUUGGUUAAAGAUCUUCGACAUAUCUAACAAUUACUUUUCAGGGUCUCUCCCACAUGAGUUGUUUCAAGGCUUCAAGGCCAUGAUGUCAGGUACCAAAGAGAAUGAAAUUGAGUUCUUUGAAAUUGGCUUGACCUUCUUGAGUGGGUAUUGGGAACGGGAUGUUGACCAUUUUGUGGAGGAAACAAUCAAGGGAGAAUAUCGUUUGCAUAAAGAGUUCAAGAGGGACUUGACUAUCAUAGACCUAUCUAGCAAUAAUUUCACAGGCCGAAUUCCUGAAGAGAUAGGGUCCUUGACGUCCUUAUACAUAUUAAACAUUUCUACAAACCAUCUAGUUGGCUCCAUCCCCGAGUCAUUUGGAAAGUUGCAGCAGAUGGAGUCGUUAGAUCUCUCUUACAACCAGUUAUCAGGAGUUAUACCUGGGGACCUGUCAUACAAUGACUCGCAUGGGAUGAUACCACAAGGAAACCAGUUCAAUACUUUUCCGGCGUCUCCUUUUAAACCGGCAUCUCCUUUUGAAGGAAACCCGAUGCUUUGUGGACUAAUGGUGAACAGAUCUUGCCCUCAUGCUGGAGGAGAUGGUCUCGUUGAGAAGAAAAACAAGCAAAUAAAAGAGAAGGGAUGGAAGUAUGGAUCAGUAGAAUUCGGUUUUGCAGUUGGCUUGGUGAUCACAACUCUCUCCUUCUUGUUCAUGAACAGAGUAACAGAUUGGUAUUGGGAUCGAACUGACAGGAUGAUAGACUUCAUCUUGCAGCGGGUUUUCCCUUCUCGAUUUGGCAGGCGUAGGCAUUAAGCGAUCAGGUUCUCCUCAUGAAUCAAGAUUGGUUCCAGAUUUCUGGUGCUAGUGAAGUCCAUCUCAGUUGGCAUGUGUGUUCUCUAAGUCCUUUUUCUUGUUUUUUGUUUCGUUUUGCCCUUUUUUGGUGUAGCCAUUUCACGUUUGGUUAUGUGCUGAAUGUAAAUUCAAUAAAGUAAGUUCACUGAAUCCUCUGAUCCGGGAACAAGACCUGCCCAUAUGCGCGUGACCUGCCCAACAAGUCACCUGCCCAACAAGUCGGAAACAUUGGAGAACAUGGCAGCAACUUAGUUGUGGGGAGAGCAAGUGGUUGGUGGUUAGAGAAAAUGUAGCGCAUGAGACCCCGAUUUUGUGGGAGUCUUUGGAGACGUGAGUUUGUGGGAGUCUUUGGAGACGUGAGUGAUGGGUGGUUAUACACCAAGCUAUAAGCCUCGCAGGAAGGGGUGGUUAUACACCCAGCUAUAAGCCUAGCAGGAAGGGGCACCUGUAAAGCAGAGAAGAUAGAAAAGAAAAAAAAAGUGGCCUCUCCAUUUUCGGAGGAGAGAGAAAAUUUUGUGCCUUGCUUUCUCCUUGUAAUUUGGCGUCUAAAGUUUUCUUACGGUUUGGGGUGAGAGACUGAUUCAAAGUCUCAUACAUCAACUGGUAUCAGAGCCGCGUUUCUGUGCAUGGUGGGGACCCGAUCGACGCACGGCACCACUGGUAAGCUGCUGCCAUAUCUCACACGACAUCGACGGCGACCACAAACUGAAGAGAGUGACAUCUCUACGCCCGGCGACAAAGAAGUGACUGUUGGGUUGGUUGCUGCUCUUCAAACCAUGCAAUCCACCCUUGAAAACAUGGCUUUACGGAUGGAACAACUUGAGCAUGUUCAACAACAAAUGAUCAAAGUACAAAGGGAGGACGUUGAUGCAAAGCAAGAAGAGGCGAAGGGACCCGAACAACCUCUCACAAGGGAAUGCCCAAGACCGUUCAAGGUGGAGGCCAAGAUUGACAUCCCGGUAUUUGAUGGUUCCAUUGAUGCUGAGAAGCUGGAUUCUUGGUUGGCUAAAAUGGAAACUUAUUUUACUCUUUAUGAGUAUCCAGGUACGAAACGUGUAGCCUUUGCUAUAUUAAAACUUACCAACCAUGCAUUGGCAUGGUGGAAUGGUAUACUGGCAUCUCGAGCAUCACUUGGGAGGAAUUUAAAAGACUCCUGAGGCUGGAGUUCUAUCCAAUGGGAUAUUUGCAAGAUCAUUGGACAAGGUGGUAUACGUUGUGGCAGUACAACACACAAUCGGUGCAAGAAUAUACAACUGAGUUCCAACGGCUUGCAGUUGCUCUUGGUGUAUCGAUCAACACUGAGGAAGUUGUACAAAAAUUUGUGGUGGGUCUAAAUUAUUUGAUUCGCCAAGAGUUGCAACUUUUUCGAGUGUUGGAUGUCUCAAGCGCCAGUACUACAGCAAUGGCUAUUGAAGUAAAGAACAGGGGAAGCAACCACAAAAAUUUUGCAAAAUUCAAACCGAAGACAUCGAAAGAUGAAAAAAAACACACUUCGGAGGACUCCAAGUCAUAUUCUUCCAAGUCUGAUUUCUACUGCAAUCAUUGCAAAAUUUAUAGACACAUCAAGGAGAAAUGCUGGAAGGUGCAUCCUGAAUUGAGACCCAAGCGGUUCAAAGGUCAAAAUAAAGGAAAAUAAAUUAACAAGGUGGUGGCUAGAGAAAAUAAGCCUGAGCGGGUUGGCUCAAUCCAGCAACCGGACACGGCCCUAUCCUUGAUGGCGAGAUUGGACAUUGUUAUCUCAACUGCAGAGGAGGAGCAUGCUGAGGAACUCUUCACGAUCAAUAUUCAGGUGAAAAAUGAGGUUAUCGGCGCAAUCUUCGUCACUGGAAUCCAAAAGAAUCUAAUAUCGUCAAGUCUAGUGGAACGACUUGGUUUGGCCACCACACCACAUCCUCGCCCAUAUCCCUUGGGAUGGAUCAUAAAGGAUGUUGGACAACGAGUGGAAUGCCAGUGCAAGUUGAAAUUUGCCAUCACCUCUCGUUUUAUUGAUGAAGUCAUUUGUGAUGUUGUUCCACUUGAUGUUUGCCAAGUGGUUCUCGGAAGUCUAUAUUUGUGGCUUCGUGAUGGUUACUACCAUCGACGAGCACAAGAAUAUGAACUCACCAAAGACGGUAAGCAGUUUGUGAUCACUCGGGACAACAUCGCCCCACCCACAGACUUGAUGACGACCGGACAAGUCAAACAAGUGGUGAAUGCAUGCCAAAGAUUUGUCUUAUUACUUGUACGUUUAGUGCAGCCGUGUGAAGAGGAUGCAACAUUCCAUCUCAUGUACACACGUGAGAAAGAAGAAGGUAUGCUCACGAAAUUACUCAACUCUUAUACUGAUUUGUUUGAAGAUCCAUAAGGACUACCACCACGGCGUCCA